CUUAGUCAGGUACAAAAAAAACACACACAGACACACAACAAUAUAUGUGAGCGAGCCGAGGAUGGCGGAUUCGGGAAGUGAAGAAGCGGCGGUGAUUGAGAAUCCCGAGGUCGCUCCCGAGGAGAUGCAGCAGGAUACCGGCGGCACGGGUGAUGGAUCAAGUUUACUGAAGAAAAUGGAGAUCAGUGUUUCUGAAGCAGAAAAAAGAACGGGGAAGAAUACGAUGAACAUGCAGGAGACCUAUACAGUGUACCUAAUUGAAACCCGGUCAGUUGAAGCUUUAAAUGAGGGACAAAGUCCUGCACCAGACACGCUCUGGAGACGAUACAGUGAAUUUGAAUUGUUAAGGAACUAUUUAUUAGUUACUUAUUCCUAUAUUGUUGUCCCUCCGUUACCGGAGAAAAGGGCAGAGUUUGUUUGGCAUAAGCUGUCAGCUGACAACAUGGAUCCUGAUUUUGUGGAAAGAAGAAGAAUUGGGCUAGAGAAUUUCUUGCUUCGUAUUGCUGCACAUUCAGUACUCUCCAAAGACAACAUUUUUUAUUUAUUUUUAACGCAGGAAAAUGGAUGGAAAGAUGUAGUUUAUGAUACAGGAUUCCAAGCAAAGGCAGAUUCCAGAUUGAAAGCUCUUAAUGCAACCUUUCGGGUAAAAAAUCCGGAGAAGAGAUUUACAGAGCUGAAGCACUACAGUGAUGAACUGCAAUCCGUCAUAUCACAUUUGCUUCGUGUAAGAGCUAGAGUUGCAGACCGCCUUUAUGGAGUGUACAAAGUUCAUGGAAACUAUGGAAGAGUGUUCAGUGAAUGGAGUGCCAUAGAGAAGGAGAUGGGUGAUGGACUACAGAGUGCAGGGCACCACAUGGACGCUUAUGCUGCUUCGGUUGAUGAUAUACUAGAAGAAGAAGAACACUACGCAGACCAAUUGAAGGAGUAUCUUUUCUAUUCGGAAGCUCUCAGGACAGUCUGUAGAAAACAUGAGUUACUACAGUAUGAGCUGGAAGUGGCUGCACUGGAUCUGGUCUCAAAGAAACAGCAGCGGGAAGAACUGGCUACUGGGACUGUAAGGACAUUUUCUUUGAAAGGGAUGACAAGCAAACUGUUUGGACAGGAGACGCCAGAGCAGAGGGAAGCCAAGUUAAAGGUUUUAGAAGAGCAGAUAACGGAGGGAGAAGAGUUUGUGAAGUCAAAAACUUUGGAAUGCGAAGAAUAUGUCCAGAAUGCCUGGAUUGACAUUGAACGGUUUAAAGAGCAAAAAAAUCAAGACUUGAAAGAAGCACUUAUUAGUUACGCAGUCAUGCAGAUCAGCAUGUGUAAGAAGGGAAUCCAAGUGUGGACCAAUGCUAAAGAAUGUUUCAGCAAGAUGUGAAACUGACUCCAAAGUACAAUGGCUUCAGCAAGGCAGCGUUUAUCAUAAAUAAAACAAGCCUUGUAAGAGAAGCCAAGAAACUGUUAGUAUUGUAAUAACACACAAGACAUUUUCAUUCCGAACACUAUGGGUUUUAUUAGUAAUAAUCGUCUAUUCCAAAUUAUAAAUAGUGUUCAAACAAAAGGCACAACAUAAUUAGUGUUCAUAAUUAAAGUAAGAUUCUCUUGGAAAUGUGAAAAUGAAUGACACAAUAAAUGACCUUGCCUAAACAAAAAGAAGAAAAAAAAAUCCCAUCCCAGGCAGUGUUAAACCAUAAAUUAUGUAGGUUAAGAUUAUUUCCAUAUGUACAGAGAGAUGCCAGUUUUCUUUCAAAACCUAUGUAAGCUAUCUGAGGUUUUUGAAAAAUUGGGUUUGGCAAUUGUUCUAACCUCAAAAUAAUUUUGGAUUCCAGAGCACACAGUUAUGAUGAAUUAUUGGUAACUACUUCAACUAUUGUUGAUUUUCUGAGUAAAUGUAUGAAACUGUAUUCUAAAAGUACACAUUUUGUUUGUAUUCUUUGUUCAGCUCAUAAAAUCAUAACAGAGUAAAUGUACGAUUUCAGUAUAGCCUUGUACACAUGUGACUGGUUGCAUAUUUUAAUUGGUUAUAGUUCAGCUCAUAUGUCUUAUUAAUUAAUAUGUAAAAUCAUAGAGCAAAGAUUUGUUUAUCUAAUGCACCUACAAGCAUGUAACUUUCCAAAAGGUGCUUAUUUGCACAAGAAUGAAUCUAUUUGAAAAAUACUAAACCUGCUGUCAUUUUUUUUACCUGUAAUGGUUUGAAGUUUAUAUUUAGAGAAUUUUUGAUACUCCUAUCUAUGCUUUAAAUGUGACAUUUCAGUAGAUUCCAUUAAUUUAGACAUUUUAAAUGGCUUCUCUUUGGAGCCUGUGUUAAAAUUGUAGUUCUCAAAAUGGGAAAAUGGCUGCAUGACAGCUCUCCAGCCAUCUGGUAGUAGUUUACAUUUUUCUCCCUGCCAGAGAAAGGGAAAUGAUAAUUACGAAAGAGUGAUUUCCUUGAUCUUAUGGUAUUCAUGCCCUCCUCUUAAAAUAUUUGUAAUACAUUUCAGAUCCUAGAUGCUAAUGAAGAAAUGGAUGUUUGAGAGAUAACUGUAUUGUAAAUUAACAUUUCCAUCAUCACCGAUACAUUCCAAUGUACAGUAAGUGAAAGAAGCUGCUAAAACGAUUACCGAAAGGCUCUUAAAAAAUGGGGGGGGGCAGCAGCACCCAUAAAUUAGAUCUGGAAUCUGACAUUACGUUGUGUAUGCCUAUAUAAAAAGUUGAGAUUAAAGGCCUGUUUUGUGAACACCACUCAUUUAAAAUUGCUGGAGAAAAUAAUUUUGAAUUUUGUUUUCACUAAAGCAUUGUGCCAAACUUUGAAAAAUAAAGCUUGUAAUUUCUAGAUAUGUUUUCCCUUUGUAAAUAUGAACGUUACAUGUUUGAGAAAUGUGUGGCAUUCAGAAUAUUUCAUUAAACAAAUCAUGAUCGUCUUA